ACCCCCUAUAACCCGAUCAUCGUUAUUCAAGUCACACCACCGACUUAUCAUUCUCAAUCUCUCAGAACUUCAUCACUUUUCAAGCACAACUUUUUCUACCUUUUGCUGAACUUCCAGAUAUCCAAUGGCUUCCCUCCUGCGACGCAAUUUACUCCAUCCCUGUUCCCUCCGCCAGGUAGCAGGCCAGACACUCGCUCCUCGUUUCCUUUCUACCAAGUCUAUUCACGAUGAAUUGGCCGAGAUCAUUCCCGAGCGCUUGGAAUUAGCUAAGAAACUCAAGUCGGAACACGGCGAUAAGAAACUGGGCGAUGUCCAAGUUUCACACGUAUUUGGUGGGAUGAGAGGUCUUAAGAGUAUGCUUUGGGAUCCCUCUGUGCUCGAUUCCGAAGAAGGAAUUCGUUUUUGGGGACGAACAAUCCCGGAAUGUCAGCAAGUCCUUCCGAGUGCGAAGGAUGGCUCAGAAAUGCUCCCAGAAAGCAUGUUCUGGUAUCUCCUAACUGGAAAAGUUCCUAGCGAAAAGCAAGUUGAAGCCUUCCAAGCUGAUUUGGCCGAACGAAGUACGAAAGUGCCCAAGUUCAUUGAGAAAUUGAUCGACUCUUUCCCCAAGACGCUCCACCCUAUGACACAAUUUGUCAUGGCUACCGCCGCACUCAACCACAACUCGAAAUUUGCCGCGGCUUACUCAUCUGGUAUUAAGAAGGCUGAUUACUGGAAGACGACUCUUGAAGACUCGCUCGACCUGGCAGCAAUGGUUUACCCAAUCGCCGCUCGCAUCUACACCUCUAAAUACAAGGACUCUUCCAAAAUACCUGCUAUCAACAAGAGCAAGGACCUUUCUUGGAACUACGCCCAGCAGAUUGGUUUUGGUGACUCUCAAGGAUUCAUCGAAGCUGUGCGAUUAUACAAUGCCUUACACACCGAUCACGAAGGAGGAAACGUCUCAGCUCAUACCACCCAUCUCGUCGGCUCUGCUUUAUCCGAUCCAUACCUUUCUUAUUCGGCCGCGCUCGCUGGUCUUGCUGGUCCUCUCCACGGGCUUGCCAAUCAAGAAGCCCUUAGAUUUGUUCUCGAGAUGAAAGCUGCGAUUGGCUCAAAUGCUGGUCCUGAGCAAGUCAAGGAACAUGUUUGGAAAGUGCUGAAGUCCGGCCGAGUUGUGCCCGGCUAUGGGCAUGCCGUUUUGAGGAAACCUGAUCCCCGUUUCGAAGCCUUGCGAGAAUUUGGCAACAAGCGACCCGAAGUCGCAGCAGACCCUGUGUUCAAGAUUGUCGACAGCCUUUUCCAAGUUGCUCCCGGUGUCUUAACUGAGCACGGUAAGACUAAGAACCCGUUUCCAAAUGUCGAUGCAGCCUCUGGAUGCCUUUUGUACCACUAUGGUAUGACCGAGUUCGAGUACUACACUGUCCUGUUCGGUUGCUCAAGAGCCAUGGGCGCUUUGAGCCAGCUGGUCUGGGAUAGAGUACACAACUUGCCCAUCGAACGUCCCAAAUCGCUCAGUAUGGAAGCUAUUGCCAAGAUUGUUGGAGCGUAGAUACCGCGUGAUCCGCCAGGAGAUGCCUCACGCGCCCCCUUUCAAAAUCGCUACUCGUGGCCUCCAAUUUUCCUCGUGUUUAUAGAAAUGCAUAGAUUUUUAAAUGUCCAUGAUGAUG